ACCAACUGGUUUCGCUGUUGACAGAGUGGGUUGGGAGACAGACAUCAGGCUUUUUCGGAUCUUAGAUGGUAAGAUACAAUGAUACUAGUAUCAACAUCGUGGUUCUUCAUUCUGAUGCCUCGUAGCUUUUCGCCAACCUUGUUUCGGUACAUCUCCGAGGUUUAGUAAGUUAAGAAAAUAUGCCCUUGAUGAUUUUUUAAAACUGUAAUGUAAACUGUAGACCCGAUUUUUCAAUCAACGAGCGGAAACAACUAGAAAACAUACAAAGAACCUACUUCUGCUCGGCAGAAUGAUAAGCAACUUAUCGACUUCCUGGACCAACUCAAGCAACAAYACAAGUCAUUUUUGUGUUAAAUAUCUCAACUUAAGAGAGGAUACAAAACUGGAGACGAAACUUAAACUAACAGCCUAUACUUUCGCGUUUGUACUGGCAAUUAUCGGGAAUAGUCUUGUUAUUGCUAUUGUACUGCGAAAGUCCCGUCUAAAAACCACGACCAACAUGUUUAUUAUGAACAUGGCUUUCAGUGAUAUGAUGAUGGCUAUAGUUUGCAUACCACCGAGUAUGUUUUAUAUAGCUAACAACAACAGUCCAAAGCUGGUUCUAACAGGGGCACUCGGCUCGGCCUUGUGUAAACUCGUCGCAUUUCUUCAGGGUUGGGCUAUAACGGUUUCUGUCUUAACCCGCCUUAUGUUAGCAGCAGAUAGAUACCUUGCCAUAGUCUACCCAUUUCAUUUGUACAUAUCAAGAUACAAAGCCAAACUAUUGAUUGUYGGUGUUUGGUUUGCUGGUACUCUAGCGAACUCACCUUUACUGUACGCAAUGAGAAUAGACAGACAUGAUCGUUGUAUUGAGAGAUGGGAUCCAUACUUUGAUAAUGAMAAGGCUACAAAAGACUACACUAUAGCUUUGUUUGUGAUUUUUUAUGUGCUUCCCUUAGUACUGAUUACAUUUAUGUACACUGCACUCAUCAAGGAGCUUUGGCGUUCAUCUCACUCAAACAAAACCGUGGCGUUUAGUGAGAAUAAAGCCGUUCUUAAGAUGCUGGUUACURUCAUCAUCCUAUUUGCUGUCUGUUGGCUGCCGAUCCACGUGACUAGUUUUGUACUCAUGUACGCAAAAAACCCGUCAGUCCGAAGAUGUGGCGUCAAUCCGUUGGUGCUUUUCAUUGGCUGGUUUAUGGGUCACGUGAACAGCGCAAUUAACCCAAUCAUAUACUUCAAGUUCAAUCAACGAUUUCAACAUGARUURGUAGGGUGGGUMAAGAGCAUUCAGAAUGUCUGUAAGAAAAAACAACAUCAAAAUACGGCAUCGUUUGUCAGACCAAGAAUAAUUGUGACUCAGUUUACUGCGACCCAGACUGCAUCCCCUGGAAUAACAAACAACUAUUUUGAAGACGAAAACGGGUCUAUUACAACUAACCUAUGAAUCUGGCUGUACUACAAAUGCGUUUGAGUCAAUUUUUCUUGUAUCAGUGUGUAUUGGCACGCGCGUCUCGUGGAAUUGCAAACCUCUGCACCAAUAGACUGGUGACUAUUUAAUCCAUAAAAAUAGCAAUCGAAACACCGGUUGCUGCUGCUUAGUGACGUCAAUCAGAAAUUUCUAGCUGUCCGUGAUACUACUCAACCAGACCGUUAGAGAGACGUACGACCCCUCUCAUUUCAACGCGCCCUCUUCUUGCCAAAAGCUACUUAUUCAUCGCUAAACAACAUAAAAUCAAGCAUUCUUUGGCGAGCGCAUUUGAAAAGUGUUUAAAAAUGUAUGGUCAGGAGCAGAGACAAAGAUUUAGCUGAAGGUUAAAGACUGCUCACAAAUGUGUAAAGAAAUUCUCGUCAAAACAGCUGUGUACAAAGAAAGAAUAUACUGUCAAGUUCAACUCCUUAACAGUCUGAAAAAAAAAAUCAUGUCGUGUUAGAAACUAAAACUAUAGCAGGUCACCAUGCAUCCUAAUCAAAGAGUUAAUUUCGUAUGACUGGGAAACGUACGGUAGAAAUUGCCGSACGGUUACUGCCUGCACAAUUUUUGUGAACCAAUGGGGCACUAGAAUUUGGAUACAGUACGAUUACAGUCAAAGUACAGUACCAUCAUCAUACGAAAUCCGCUCUAUAUAUCUCACGAUAAUAAACAAGAACUGGCAUUAUGAUGAUUUUGAUAUGCAUUUUGGUAUUAGUAGCUGUGAAGUGGUCCAAGCAUAGUUACUAACUAUGAGGGGAAUAGAACAUUAUCAAAAAUCUCACCUUAACUAAAGUUGCUAGGGCCAUUUUGAAAGCAGACAUACCUUUACCUCCAUUAAUUGUAGCUAGACAGCGAUUGCCUGAUCGAGUCUGCACUAUGGGUGAGAUAUCACACCAUGUAUAGCCGAGGCUAUAUUCAUGCACAAAGCGAAUCCAAGUUUGUGUAAAAGAAAAUUUCUCGAAAAAAAUGCCAGACUUUGCAAUCUUCAGAAUGGGAAGACUUUGGGAGUAUCCGGGAGAGUUCACAGGCCUGUCAAAAAGGACAAGUGAAAAAAAAAAACAAAAAACAGUCACGUGAUCUGAAAACAUAUUUGCAA